AUGAAAAUGGAUUUAAAUGCCAUCAUAGAAAAAAUGGAAACUGGCGACCAGGAUGCCGCACUCGUAGCCCUGCAGACAUAUAAUAAGGAGAAGAGCCAGUGCUUCACAUUCGAAAACAAUGAAGAAGAGGGCAGACAGGAUGACAAUUUACAAGAGCGCCUGGCAGAGCUGGUGCUGAGCUACCUGGAGCGCGACCUGCAGCCGGCCUGCCAGCUGGCCUGCCUGGAGACCAUCCGCAUCCUGUCCCGCGACAAGAGCUGCCUGGGGCCCUUCAGCAGCCGCUCCGCCCUGGAGACCCUGGCCCAGCACGCUGGCCUCCUCACGUCGGCCGGGCCGGAUGACACCAACAGCAGCCCCGACCUGGACCGCGUCGUGGAGGCCCUGAAGUGCCUGUGCAACAUGAUCCUGAACAGCUCGGCGGCGCAGGAGCAAGGGGCCGAGAUGCAGCUGAUCGUGGGGCUGGCCGAGCGGGCCAAGCAGUGCCGCGAGCCCCAGUGGAACCACGAGGUGCGCUUCUUCGACUUCCGCUUGACCUUCAUGCUGACAGCUCUGCGUCUGGACGUACGGAGCCAGCUGCAGCACGAUCUGCGGGGCGUGAACCUGCUGACCGAGGCUCUGGACGCCGUGCUGGAAGUGUGCUGGCCCGACACGCACGAGGUGGCCCGCGACGGGGUGGCCGACGGCCAACAGGCACCGCCAUUCGGACGCGCCCAGACCGAGGUCGCCAUGGAGAUCCUGAAGAUCCUCUUCAACAUCACCUUCGACACCAACCACCGGCAGGUUGAUGAGGAGGAGGCGGCCAUGUACAGACACCUGGGGGCCAUCUUGAGACACUGCCUGAUGAGCACCGCAGACUGUGAAGACCGCACAGAGGAGCUGCACAGCCACACCUGUAACCUGCUGGGUAACCUGCCUCUGCCCUGCCUGGAUGUGCUGAUACUGCCCAAGGUGCAGCCGGACUCCAUUGAGUACAUGGGGGUCAACAUGGACGCAGUCAGCAUGCUGCUGGAGCUCAUGGAGACCAGACUGGACAGGGGAAAGAAGCUGAAGGAGACCCUGCUUCCCUCCCUGAACCUCCUGACGGAGAGCUCCCGCAUCCACAGACAGACUAGGAAGUUCCUGAGGUCAAAGAUCCUGCCCCCUUUGAGGGAUGUGACCAACCUGCCAGAGGUGGGCAACACCGUGCGUAACAAGCUGGUCCGUCUGAUGACACACAUCGACACGGACGUCAAGCACUGCGCUGCAGAGUUCCUCUUCGUGUUGUGCAAAGAAAGCGUGUCCCGCUUCAUCAAGUAUACGGGCUAUGGGAAUGCGGCUGGUCUACUGGCAAUGCGCGGUCUGAUGCAGGGGGUCGGGAGUGCAAGACCAGGACACUACUCUGAGGACGAGGACAGCGAGACGGAGGAGUACAAAGAGGCCAAAGACCAGAUUAACCCUGUAACAGGCAGGGUGGAGGCGGAGGCUCCCAACCCAAUGGAGGGCAUGACUGACGAGCAGAAGGAACGGGAGGCCAUGAAGCUAGUCAGCAUGUUCGACAAACUCUCCAGGGCAAAUAUGAUCCAACCCGUAGCAUUGGGGCCAGAUGGACAGAUGAACCAAAUAAACGCAGAGGACUUGAAACGACUGGCCCAACAAGCGCAAAUCCAGCAGCAGCAGCAGCAGCAGCAGCAGCAGGACAGUGACUCGGAUGUGGACGAGGAGCAGUAAUGUCAGAGCUUUGGUAGCGCUUCAUUGAGCACAGUUACAUGCAGGGGAACAGCAUUCUGAUUAUUGAAUAUUGGCAGUAUUGUGUUAUUAAAAAGUUACACACUAUUUCUUUUACAUGUGUGAAAGAGCACUAUGUUACCGGAAUAUCCCUGGACUAUGGCAACAUUCAGCAUUAAUAAAGAGUUUACAUGGCUCAUCUGCAAACUGAAUACUGCCAAUAGGCUUAUUCUGUUUAAAAUCAGAAUAUUCCCUGCAUAACUGCGCUCAUUGUAACAAGCUGAUGGAGUAAGGAAACAGAAAGAGAAAGGCUACACCAGAGGAAGAGAAAAUGGGGUUAUACAAGAAAGAUAGCUUAGUGAGUGACUUGCCUGAAUUUGCUAAGGAGCACAAUGGCAAACCUUCUCAAAAGAGAGCACUGUUUCUUUGUUUGCUAGAAAGAUAAAGUCAAAAACCUAUUCUUCUAUUAGUAGAUUAGGGGUCACUCUAGAAUCAACUUAUCCAGGCAAGUCCCUAAAGCACCAAACCAGGAGUCAGACUCAGCAGUGUCCAGUCGUCACCCACAACACAAAUUACACUUGACACUUAAUAAUCAUACUGACAUCCCCAAGGACUGGGACUAAUAAGAAAUUAGUAAGAAAUAUUACUAAUGACGUGUGCAUUUGUGCGUUUGUGCAUGUGCGUGUGUGCGUGUGUGUGUGUGUG